AUGACAGUGACAUUACAGUAUGCUCACAACCUUGUCACCAUUAACAUUCCACAGUAUGAGGGCCAUGGAAGAGUCAGAGGUAUUAAUUCUCUGAUAGCAAACAAUAUCUAUGAGGCUGCCUACCCACUUCAUGAUGGUGAAUAUGACAGUCCAGGGGAUGACAUGAAUGACAGGAAGCUGCUGUAUCAGGAAUGGGCACGCUAUGGAGUAUUUUAUAAAUUUCAACCCAUUGACCUCAUCAGGAAGUAUUUUGGAGAGAAAAUUGGGCUGUAUUUUGCUUGGCUGGGGCUGUAUACAUCAUUCCUUAUCCCAUCUUCUGUCAUUGGGGUGAUCGUGUUUCUUUAUGGAUGUGCAACAAUUGAAGAGGAUAUUCCCAGCAAAGAGAUGUGUGACCACCAGAAUGCCUUUACCAUGUGUCCCCUGUGUGACAAGUCCUGUGACUAUUGGAACCUCAGCUCAGCCUGUGGGACUGCCCGAGCCAGCCAUCUCUUUGACAAUCCGGCCACGGUCUUCUUUUCCAUCUUCAUGGCUUUGUGGGCUACCAUGUUUCUGGAAAACUGGAAGAGACUACAGAUGCGGCUGGGCUACUUCUGGGACCUGACUGGGAUAGAAGAGGAAGAAGAACACUCCCGGCCUGAGUAUGAAACCAAAGUACGAGAGAAACUGUUAAAAGAGAGCGGCAAGUCGGCGGUUCAGAAACUGGAUGCGAAUUCGCCUGUGGAUGACGAGGAUGAUGAAGAUAAACUCACCUGGAAAGACCGUUUCCCAGGAUACUUGAUGAACUUCGCCUCCAUCUUGUUCAUGAUCGCCCUCACGUUCUCCAUUGUCUUUGGGGUCAUUGUGUAUCGGAUCACCACUGCAGCUGCUCUGUCCCUCAGCAAGGCCACACGCUCCAAUGUCCGGGCGACAGUGACUGCAACAGCAGUCAUCAUCAACCUUGUGGUCAUCCUCAUCUUGGAUGAGAUCUAUGGUGCUGUGGCCAAAUGGCUCACCAAAAUCGAGGUCCCGAAAACAGAGCAGACCUUUGAAGAACGCUUGAUCCUCAAAGCUUUCUUGCUAAAGUUUGUCAACGCCUACUCCCCCAUCUUCUAUGUGGCCUUUUUCAAGGGGAGGUUUGUGGGCAGACCUGGAAGCUACGUCUAUGUGUUCGAUGGUUACCGCAUGGAAGAGGCAAGUACGGUCUCUGGCAUUCAUGCCUGGCCAGCAGUUCGUGGGUCACCCCCAGCUUAG